AUGCCUGAAGGACUGUCACCACAACGAAAACCGAUUCCACCGCCUCGUCUGCCUCAAGGUUACAAACCACCCCUACCGAAACGUCCCGAUCGAAUACUUCGAACUGGAGCGUUGCACCUUCCACCUCCAGACACUGCUCCACCACCACGACCUCCACCACGACUUACUUGUACUAAAGCAAAAAAUACGGCCGAAUCAAGCAUCAGAGCAUCUUCGAACAGCCCAACGGUUCAAUUAUCCACGUCAGUCGAUUCAACCAGGUUAGAAGCGAUCGUAGAAUCGCCGCAACUUGACGAGGAUUCGGAUGCUGGAGAUGGCAUCGAAUCCUCACAAAUCGUCAGUCAUUCUCCUUCACCACAUCGAUGUUUGUCUCCGCGGUCUCCACCUAAAUGGCCUCCACCAGUACCUCAAAAGCCGAAGCGUUUAUCAAUUCCAAACAGUUCCGAUAUGACAUCUUCAUCAGAAAUUACCGAGGCAGCUGUUAUCGGCUCAAAUGUUCCAAAUACACCCCUAACAUUUGAUAAUGAAAUGUUAAAACCAUUGCAUCCAGUCGCCACUUCAUCUGCUGGUUCAUCAUCCGGUGAAUACAAUCAUGCUUUUGAGGAUGCGCGAUCAGCAAGCCCGAAUUUAUACACUCCAUUGCCCUCCCAACCACAGUCGCCAGGUUCCGCACCUCCCAAGCCACCUCGCUCACAAUUGCUAGAGUCGAAACCCUCUCCGCCUCCACAUACGCCAGAAUCUAAAAAAUCAUCAGAAUCACCAACACGUUAUUCAACACCAUCCGAUAUUUUAGCCGAAUCCCUGCAAAGCUCAAUGAAUAUUUCUUCGUAUUCGAAUGAGCAUCAACCGUACCAAAUUUCGUCUCCAUCGAAAAGUGUUUCUCCGUCACUGCAUUCUUUAGGCAAACAAUCUUCUCAACCUUCGAUCAGUGCUGAUCUCGCAAACGAUCGAACUUCAUCGUGUUCAAUCGAGGCGGAUGAGGAUGGCGAUAACAAUAAUCCUCAUUCGGAUGCAUCGUUACUUUCAGAUUCUGAAGCGAUUCCGUAUUAUUUACGAGCAUCAAAAUCACCACACUCCAAUUCUGCAUCUAUUUCAUUACUAGAUAAAGUUGUAGGUGAUCCAUUGCCCACAGCUAACAUUCAUCCGUAUUUCACUCAAACUGCACAAAUGCCAAUCACAAACUCAUCAACAACUCAUCCCGCAGCUUAUUCAAAUGAUCUUAUAAAUUUUUGUGAUGAAGGCAUUUCAGUAAUUGCUGAAAGAGACCUUUCUCGAAAUGAGCAAACAACCAAACAAGUUGAUUCAAAUCAGUUCAACCAAAUACGUUAUCAGUUCUCGCCAAUGUCAUCCUCAACAGAAACUCAUGAUGAGGAGGAAUCUCACUAUGCAAAUUUACCGUUAUUGAAUGUAGCUUCAAUUGAAAAGUAUGAAGCAAAUGAAAACAGCAUCGUCAACGAUGAACGUCGUCUAUCGGCCUCAUCAGUUUUCAAAUCCGGAAUACCUCAGCCACCGUCCAGUCCACCACCGGUUUCGGUUCGUCCAACCGAAUUCGGACGGGAACUGCGAAAUAUUCUCGAUACAUCCAUCGAACUGCCGGAUCCUGCUGAACAAACGUCGUUCGGCUUAGAGGAGGGUCCGAAUGGAGGCAUAUGGAAUCCUGGUUAUAUAGGGCUAGAGAGCUAUCGAAAACUUGUCGAAGCAUCACAGCAAUAUAUACCCAAGAAACAGCCUGCAACUGAAACUGCAACCAAUGCCCCGCGUAUGAAAUCUACUGGCACUGUUAUGUCGUCGAACUUCGCUGGUCGGAGGAGCGAGAGUGAUGAAGCAAUCGAUGGUGUGGGAACAGAAGAGAUUGUAGCCGAUGGUGAAUCGAUAUGUUUAUCAGGAUAUCUUCAUGUGAUGUUCAAUAAGAAAGAUCGAGGCAAACACUGGAGCGUUCUUAGGUCCAAUCAGCUCACAUUCUAUGCUAACGAAGACGAGGUUGACGAGCCACUCUAUGGACCGUACGAUCUGAGCACAGUGACUUACGUUGGUCGUUCGGCGCACUCGCCGAGUGUUAUCAAUGUUUAUUUGAAAGAAAAUGCUAUGUGUUUACACUGGAAUCAUCUAAAACUUACCACCGAGGAUGAGCGCGCCGCUUAUUGGGUGCUUCUUUUAGCCAAGUGUUUUAUGCCGAAUGAUGAUACUGUGAAGUAUACUGUACGAAAUGUAGAUGCAGCAGGUCGCGUUUGGAUUCGACAAGGUGCCACGUGCCCUUGGUCAAAGGGAUGGAUGCAUCUUUACAAGCGAAGGCUCUUUUACGUAUUGGAUAAUUGUGCGAUUUUAUUCGAACUUGACGUGCGAAAGUUUAUCGCUAUGAAAACCGAUGUGGCUAAGGUGGAUUGGUGUGCGUCUGUGAUAGGCUCACAAAAAGGACCGUUUUUGCUGACUCAAGAUGGAAGCUCACUUUACGUUCAGUCAGAAUGUGACUCCAUAACGACGUUGUGGUGUGAGGUUAUCUCGAAUCAAAUGCAAUGUGUUGGUGCCAAAAUAGAAGAUCACAAAUUGACUGCUGAUGAUAUACCAAUUAUUGUUGAUAAAUGUAUAAAAUAUAUCUCAACUUAUGGGCUCUAUCAACCGGGUUUAUAUCGACGUAAUGGUUCCACUGUUGAAGCACGAUUGCUUAUGGAUGAACUGAAAAGAGGCAAAUUCGAAUUGUAUGCGUAUGCAUCUCAAAUAUUUGAUUUACAAUUCACAUAUUCAGACCCCAUCAAUGUUCAUAUUACACCGACGUCGGAUGAAGUCGUUAAUGUCGUGGCUGAUGUGUUGCGCUCAUUCUUUCGUCACCUCGAAUCGCCUUUGAUACCGUGCUAUAUGCAAGAACGCUUGUUUGCUAUUGCAGAAAUCAAAGAUUCUUCAAGGCUAGACGAAUACCAUGAGGUGUUGAUGAGUCUGCCGCGAGUUCGUUUGCAAACAUUGCGGCGUUUGUUGGAUCAUUUGAAGGAUGUCACUGAACACGCUAACGCUAAUCUAGCAAGCAUUGAGAAUAUUGCACAAAUUUUUGGACCAACCAUAUUCGCUGUAGAUAAGUAUUCGAAUUUAAUGUUAGCCUGGCUACGAUACGAUGGGCGAACAAUCGAGAGUUCUUCGAGACCUUAUACUCCAUUAUACGACCAUCUUUCGGGUGUCACUGCGUGA